AUGUCUCCCCGCUUUGAGAAUCGAGUCGUAUUCGUCACAGGCGGUACUUCCGGGUUGGGAGAAGAAGCGUGUAAGCUGUUCGCCGCCGAAGGUGCUCAAGUCUUCAUUACAGACCUGGAAGAGAGGAGCAUUUGCAGUCGCGUUGGGCCAAACUCUUCCUUCCAUCCCUGUGAUGUGGGAGACCUGUCACAAUGCGAAAAGGCCGUCGCAGCGUGCGUUGACAAAUAUGGUCGUAUCGAUGUCCUCUUCCACAAUGCCGGUCGGUUCGCGCCGCUUGCAACAGUGCCACGCCACGAUAUCGACUUGUUCAAAGAUGUCAUCAACAUUGACCUGAUCUCUGGGUUCUAUCUCGGACGCCUCGUCAUCCCUAUCAUGCAGAAACAAGGCAAAGGGGCCAUCGUCAUCACCUCAAGCACUACGGGACUAGGUGGCGACUUCGGAGUCCCAGCAUAUGCCACGGCAAAGGCAGGUAUAGCUAACCUGGCAAGAUGCAUGGCUUUGGAUCAUGCCCACGAGGGCAUCCGCGUCAACGUCGUCUGUCCCGGCUACAUGAUCACGCCGAUGACCUCGGGGUUUCGCCAGAUGCCAGAGGCCGAAAAGUUCCUGGUAGAUAGCAUCCCCAUGAAGCGCGGAGCCAAACCGAUCGAAGCGGCGAGGGUAGUGCUCUUUCUGGCAUCUGACGAUGCGUCAUACGUGACCGGGCAAGGUAGACAUGUCGCAUUCAGUGUGUAG